CCAUUCAACACCGACCAGGACAAUUCACUUGGAAGUUGAAAUCUCUCAACACUUGGUGGUGAAGCAAAUUAAAGCGAGAGACCAAAAAAGAAAAGAAAGCAGAGGGGGUGCGGUGAGCCAGGCGGGAGAAGCUUUGCCUUACAGUACAGCCGCCGGCAACUGGCGGCCAUGGCGUCCUACGACAAGGCCAUGGAGUCGUACAAGAAGGCCAUCACCACGGCGGCGUCCCUGGCGGCGUCAGCGAUGCUGGUGCGGGGCGUCGUCAACGAGCUGGUACCCUACGAGGUGCGCAACCUGCUCUUCUCCGGCAUGGGCUACCUCCGCUCCCACAUGUCCUCCCAGCACACCAUCAUCAUAGAGGAGACAGAGGGCUGGGCCAACAACCAGCUCUACGACGCCGCACGGGCGUACCUGGCAACGCGGAUCAACACCGACAUGCAGCGCCUCCGGGUCAGCCGCGUCGACGAGACCAAGAGCAUGAUGUUCAGCAUGGAGGAAGGCGAGGAGAUGGCGGACGUCCACGAGGGCACCGAGUUCAAGUGGCGCCUCGUCUGCCGGGACAACUCCAGCGCCAGCAGCAGCAACGGCAACGGCAAUGGCCGCAGCGGCAAUUUCAAGCUCGAGGUCCGGUCCUUCGAGAUGAGCUUCCACAGGAAGCACAAGGAGAAAGCCCUCAACUCCUACCUUCCUCACAUCCUGGCCAUGGCCAAGAAGAUCAAGGAGCAGGACAGGACGCUCAAGAUCUACAUGAACGAAGGCGAGUCAUGGUUCGCCAUCGAUCUCCACCACCCGUCCACCUUCAGCACGCUUGCCAUGGAUCACAAGAUGAAGCAGUCGGUCAUGGAUGAUCUCGAGCGGUUUGUCAAGAGGAAAGAGUACUACAAGAAGAUCGGCAAGGCAUGGAAACGAGGGUACCUGCUGUACGGCCCGCCUGGGACCGGCAAGUCCAGCAUGAUUGCAGCAAUGGCCAAUUACCUCAAGUUUGAUGUGUAUGAUCUCGAGCUGACUGAGGUCAACUGGAACUCCACCCUGAGGAGGUUGCUCAUCGGGAUGACCAACCGGUCAAUCCUUGUCAUUGAGGACAUCGACUGCACUGUCGAGCUGCAACAACGGGAGGAAGGUCAGGAGGGCACCAAAUCCAACCCUUCAGAGGACAAGGUGACACUAUCUGGGCUACUCAACUUUGUCGACGGGCUUUGGUCAACAAGUGGGGAGGAGAGAAUAAUCAUCUUCACGACAAACUACAAGGAGAGGCUCGACCCUGCGCUUCUGCGCCCUGGCCGGAUGGACAUGCACAUCCACAUGGGGUACUGCUGCCCGGAGUCAUUUAGAAUCCUCGCCUCCAAUUACCACUCCAUAGAUCACCACGCCACGUACCCAGAGAUAGAAGAGUUGAUCAAGGAGGUCAUGGUGACUCCAGCAGAGGUUGCAGAAGUGCUCAUGAGGAAUGAGGAGACUGACAUCGCACUUGAAGGUCUUAUCCAGUUUCUCAAGAGAAAGAGGGAUGGUACCAAGGACGGCAAAGCAGAAAAUGCUGGCCAGGUGGCCAAGGAGGAAGAACAAGAGGAAGAGAAAUUGACGAAAAGUGAUGUCCCAGACAAUCAAAAUCAGCAAGAUGAAAGCAAAGAAUGAUGUGUAUACACAGUGUGAUAUCGAAAGAUUAGUGCCUCCAACAAAAAUGUAUCGUUUUGCUAUAAUAAGAGAUCAUUUUUGGAACAAUAAGCUAGUCUGGUGUUGUGAAUUGUGAUACUUCAUGAGUGCAUACAAGUUCAGUUAUGAAAAGUAACAGUUGCGAUUUCAAUGUACAAAUACUUUUCAGUA